AUGCGGCAUAUUUUGAUUUGCUCAUUAGCAUUACUUAUUAAUGUUAAUCAAUAUGUAUUGUUAGAUCAAACAAAAUGUAACACUGUAAGUUUUAAUAAACCUUUUCAAUUAUCAUCGUCAUGUUUUCAAGUUUAUAAUACGAAAUUUAAAUCAAUUAUCGGUGUUUGGUUACCACAAACAAAUUCGAUAUUAUUUACAAGUAAUAGACAAGGUGAUUUAAACACAAGUAAUCAAUGGAUUGAUAUUUAUACAAUUAAUCUUUAUGAUGGACGUGUUAAAAAUAUAACAGGAGAACUAACACGUUUAAAUGGUCAUCGUCAUCUAAUGGCAAAUGGUGGUACUGGUAAUUAUAAUAGAAAAUCGAUUCUUCUUUGUUCUCAAGGUUAUCGUUCUAAUGGUGGUUCAAUUAUUGAAAUAACGCAUGAUUUUAAUCGUCUUGUACCAAUUAUAACACAAUAUAAUAAUUUAUCAUUAAAUAGUCCAAAUGAUGUUAUUAUUUCAGAUAAAGAUCAAUCAAUAUGGUUUACUGAUCCACAAUAUGGUUUUAUGCAGAACUUUCGUUAUGGUCAACCUCAAUUAGAUAAUAAUGUUUAUAGAUUUGAUAUAAAUGGAAAUAUUCAAAUAUUAAUUAAUGAUCUUGUUAGGCCAAAUGGUGUUGCAUUUAAUUCAGAAGAAACAAUUUUAUAUGUUACAGAGAGCGGUUAUGCUCUUGGAAACGGUUCGAUUAAUUCACAAGUACCACGUGCUAUUUACUCUUAUCAGAUAUAUCGUCAACGAUAUAAAAAUAUUUAUCUUUAUAAUAAACGUUUAUUAACACAUGUACAACCGGGAAUACCGGAUGGAAUUAAAGUUGAUCAAAAUGGUUAUUUGUAUGUUGGUUGUGGCGAUGGAGUACAAAUAUUCGAUGAUAAUGGUGCACUAUUAGGGAAAAUAAUUCUACCAAACUCAAAAUCUGGCGUUGCCGGUCUUGUUUUAGCUGGCAAAAAAUUAGUUAUGCUAGCUGAAACAGAAAUCUGGACAGUUGAUUUACGCUGUCAUAAAUGUAAAACAACAUUAUUGUAA